AUGGCGAACAGGCAGAACACAUCGUCACCCAACACAUCAGGAGCAACAGCGCGCAUCGCCAGGGAGAUAGCUCAGGUACAGAAGGGCAGUGACCUUUCGCUCGCUGUCGCAUGCCAGGACAGUGAUGUCCGUCACGUACGGGCUUGCAUCAUCGGACCUCCAGAGACACCCUACGAGUUCGGCUUCUUCGAAUUCAACCUCCAGUUUGGCAAGGACUAUCCCAUCAAAAGUCCCGCGGUGACCUGCAUCACCACCAACUCUGGGAGAUGUCGCUUCAACCCCAACAUCUACAACUGCGGCAAGGUGUGUCUAAGCAUCCUGGGCACAUGGCGAGGCGAGCCGGGUGAGGAGUGGAGCAGUGCACAGGGCUUGGAGAGCAUUCUGCUGAGCAUCCAGAGUUUGAUGAGUGCGCAUCCCUACGAGAACGAGCCCGGUCAUGAAGAGUCAAAGAAAGAGGAACCGGAGCCACAGGCGUACAUUGCGAAGAUCCGCCAUGAGACAUUGCGUAUCACGGUCAUUCAGCGCAUGGAGGCUCUGCUGUGUAUCGAUGAGAACAAGAUCCCUGCGGUCUACAGCCGAAUCCGCAGCAAGGCUCAAACGCCGGCUGGAAAGAUGACAUUUGCAGAGGCGGUUGACGAUGGCUCCGAAACUCCAAACACCGACACGUCCGUUCGUGAGUACGAUGCAGAAGCCACAUUCGCCGCGCUCGACUCCGGCAGGUGGGAACCCUUCACGGACAUGAUCAAACGCCGCUUUCUAUGGUACUACGAUAGCUACCUCAAGGCCACCAACGCGGCAAAGAGCGAGCAAGCUGAUGGCAAGGCCUUCACGCGCAUGCCGUUCGAAUACCCGCCCAACAGCAUUGAAGGCUCCUUUGACUACGCCGGGCUCGAACGCCGCCUCAAGCGCAUCCACGACCACCUCGAAAUGGAACGUAUCUGCUGGGAGUCGCAAGGCGCGGUACAGGUCGACCAGGGGACUCAGCUCGCCACGCAGCUCGCGUUCCAAUUCAAACAGUUUGAGCAUAAGUGGAACCACACCUCCUACCCCGGCUCACGGAUGGAGAUCAGCCUUCCAAAUUCCAAGAACCCGUUCGUCUGGCGCCUCACCAUCUUCGGCAACUCAUCGACCAACCUAGAAGGAGGCAUCUUCAACGUGACCCUCUCUAUCCCGCCCGACUUCCCAAACUCCCAACCUCGCGUCAAGUUCGAGACACCCAUUUUCCAUCACCGUGUCAGCAGCACCGGCUACCUCUGCUACUUCCCAGCGAAGCCGGACGAGAUUGCAUCUCAUCUCGAGGCCAUCGUGAAGACUGUUGAAGACCAGAACCCGACCUUCGACCCUCGCGCGAGCGUCAACCCUGGUGCCUUUGCGCUGUACUGGGGUGGCGAGGACAAGCGCAAGUUCUACAACCGGAAGCAGAGGCGGAGUGCACAGGACAGCACUGAAUUUUGA